AUGGCGAGCCUGCCUCGAUACGAACCUGGAAUCUUCUGGAGCCCCCACAAGUUUAUUCCUCCUUACAAUAAGGGCCGCGACGAACUCGACGCGUACAUUCAGCGCUUCGAGCGGGAGGCCACGAGCCAGGUUGGCGAUGCCACAGUGGUAGAUCAUGCUAGGAAAACGCUAAACUUCGGAGGAAAAAGUCGCUUGACGGGUGACGGCUACGGCGGUCUUAAGGACAUUGACAUCACGAGGAUCACGAUGUGGCCGCUGCUGUUGCCACUGCUGGCGGUGUCAAUGGCGGCUUCCCUCCCGGUUCUAGACGGGCAAGACGACGACGCACGGGAAUGGCACUUCAAGAUGAGCCUAACCAAAGUAGCGACGAAGCUCCGGGAAUUCGUCCAGGGGGCUUCCCGUCUCUCUACGGACCACCACCACAUGCCAAGCUGUGGCAUCUGUAGCUGGGCUGCCGGCAGUGUGCUCAAAGAUAUACGUCGUGGUCUGUCCAAGGACGUGAUCGCCGACAACCUGGACCAUGAAUGUAAGCUGUUUGGUCUCGCCGGCUCAGAACGCGUCUGCGACGGACUCAUCAGCAACUUCAAGGACGAGUUCUUCCACGUCAUGAAGAGGACUACACUGAGCGCUCACGAAGUAUGCAGCUCAGUACUUGGCCAAGACUGUGGGGACAAAGGGGCGCCCAACUGGACCAUCACACUACCCAAGACGAGGAAGCCUAAUCCCGUGCCUCCGACACCCCAGCGGGAUGCUCUGAAGCUGCGCUUUCUGCACGUUACUGACACGCACGUGGACAUGCGAUACGCGGAGGGCAGCCGAGCCGACUGCCCCGAACCCCUGUGCUGCCGCGAGGACAACGGCAAGGCCCACUGGCUGAUCAACGUACCCGCUGGCCACUGGGGCUCUCUGCACAAGUGCGACUUGCCUGCCAGGACGUUCGAGAACAUGCUCCAAGAAGUGCGGGAUUACCACAAGGUGGAUUACGUGAUAUGGACAGGAGACAUGGUGCCCCACGACGUCUGGAACACGUCCCGGGAGGGAAACAUCGCCCUGGCAAAGUACACAGCCGACACCAUCGCCAAGUUCCUGCCCGGCGUGCCAGUCUACCCGGCCGUAGGCAACCACGAGGGUCAUCCUGCCAACUGUUUCCCGCCACCCGAGGAAAAAGGAAACAUGUCAGCCUCUUGGAUCUUCGACGCCCUCGCUGAUCAGUGGUCUCGAUGGCUGCCUCCCUCGGCCACCGACACCGUACGAAGGGCUGGUUACUAUUCAGCGAGACCGUACCCAGGACUGAAGAUCCUCUCCGUGAAUACGAAUUACUGCAGCACCUUGAACUGGUGGCUCCUGAUAAAUGCCACAGAUCCGGCGCAGCAGCUCGAAUGGCUCGUGGACGAACUACAAGAAUCGGAAGACAAAGGCGAGAAGGUUCACAUCAUCGCGCACAUUCCUCCUGGUGGCUCUGACUGCCUGCACGUAUGGAGUGAGAACUACCAUCGCAUCCUGGAAAGGUAUGAAUCUACAGUCCGUGGCCAGUUUUUUGGACACACGCACAAUGAUGAGCUUGAGGUGGCCUACGACUCCACGGACACCAAGCGAGCGCUCGGGGUGGCUUUUCUCGGACCGAGCCUGACAACGUACACCUCUGGACACCCAGCAUUCCGAGUUUUCACUAUGGACGGCGGUUACCCUGGAGCUUCCUGGUCACUCCUCGACCACGACACGUACCUGCUGAACUUGACUACGGCCAAUGCGCGUCCUGAUUUGCCACCAAAGUGGGAGCUUGAGUACAGCGCGCGUAAUGCGUACAACAUGACCAGUCUUCAACCGCAACAAUGGGACGCUGUGCUCAGGAAGAUGGAACACGACGACAAACUUUUCGACAAGUUUUAUAGAUUCUACCACAAGGGGGCACCAAAGAAGAAGCGCUGCAAACGUUCGUGCCGGAAGAAGCUUUUGUGCGAGCAAAGGACUGCCGUCUCGUCUGAUCUCAAACUUUGCUAA